AUGUCUAAUAAGAUGAUGUUACAGGAGUUUGACAUCCCUGUGAAGGGCCUUGGAGACAUUGUCCAGAUGAAAUUUGAGGGCAAUUCGAAGUGGUAUUGUAGCCAUAUCGAAAUAAAAGAUCCCAUCGGGAAGCGCUUUGAUUUCCCCUUUUAUGGCUGGAUAGAUGAAAAUGGAGUGAUUAUUAGAGAAGGCAGUGCUCGAUUGCCUCAGGAUGACACCAAAUUGUUUAAAAAGGAAAGACAAGAAGAAUUGAAAUCUAGAAGGAAAAUAUUCAGAUGGAACGAGUGGCACCCAGGCUUCCCUCAGUCCAUAGAUGCAAAUGUGACAGAUCUUCCUUUGGAUGUUCAGUUUGAUGUAUGGAAAGCAUGUGACUUCAAAAAGAAUUUCGCUGAAGUGUUUGUGGAAGAAAAAUUGGAUAAGAUUAUAAGUCACUCGGAGUCCUGGACAGAUAUAGCAGAUUUUAAACAUAUAUUUGGAUUAAUCUACACAAAGGACCCAACACUAGAUAAAGUGAUCCAAGACUGGAAUACGGAUUACAUGUUUGGCUAUCAGUUCUUAAAUGGUUGCAAUCCUGUCAUGAUCAGCAAAUGCAUGAAACUUCCAGACAAAUUUCCAGUCACACAUGAGAUGGUGAAGGGCUUUCUGCAGAGAGGUCUCACGCUACAAGAUGAAAUAGAGAAAGGGAACAUCUACAUAGCAGAUUAUGAAAUCUUGGAGGGAUUGCCAACCAAUAAAACAACAACUUCCCAGUACUAUUUGACUGCACCCAUCUGCCUACUGUACAACAACAGACUGAACCAAAUUGUGCCAAUUGCCAUCCAGCUCAGUCAAACACCAGGGGAAACGAGCCCAAUUUUUCUCCCAGAUGAUAAUGAAUACGAUUGGACGCUGGCCAAGAUGUGGGUGAAGUCUUCUGAUUUCAAUGUACACCAGCUGGUCACACACCUUCUCAAGACUCAUCUGAUAUCAGAGGUUUUUGAAGUAGCCAUGUACAGACAGCUCUCUGCGGUCCACCCUGUAUACAAGUUACUGAUACCUCAUGUCCGUUUCACAAUUGGAAUCAAUGCAGAGGCCCGUGAAAGGCUUGUCAGUGAUGAUGGAAUCUUCAGCCAGAUUAGUAGCAUAAGUGGAGAUGGGAUUGAGAAAUUGAUAAAAAAGUCUAUGGAGACUUUAACCAUCGAGUCCCUGUAUUUCCCUGAGACCAUAACAGCUCGAGGAAUGGAAGAUGCACCCAAUUACCUUUACAGAGACUAUGGCAUGAUGAUCUGGAAGGCAAUAAACAGUUUUGUUUCUGAUGUGAUCGGGGUCUACUAUGACAGCGAUGAAAAGGUUAAACAAGAUGUGGAGAUUCAAGGAUUUGUUAAGGACGUUUCCGUCAAUGGCAUGCUUGAUUCUAAGGAGUUUCCACAGUCUCUGAAUACUCGAGUGGAUCUAACUAAGUACCUGACUGCUGUGAUAUUCAAUGCUUCAGCACAACAUGCUGCAGUCAACUUUGGACAAUUUGACUGGUAUGCCUGGAUCCCCAACAGUCCUUCCACCAUGCGCCAGCCGCCUCCCCAACAGAAGGGUGAAACAGAUCUAAAAUAUAUCAUGGAUUCUUUGCCUGACCGUGACACUUCCAGUGUGGUUCUAGGAACAGUUUGGGCCCUCAGUCGGUUCCCGAAAAAUGAGCGAUACUUAGGCACAUAUCCAGAUAAGUACUUCAUGGAACCAGAAGUGAAGGAAGCCAUAAAGAGAUUUCAGAAGAAUCUAAACGAGGUGGCCGACACCAUCAAGAGCCACAAUAAAGAAUUAACAAUGGAGUAUUGUUAUCUGUCCCCGGAGAAAAUUCCCAACAGUGUUGCAAUUUAAGAAAAUAGUUCUAGUAACAUGUUG